AAAUGGUUGACUUACCCAUAGAGAUGUUACAUUUUCCCCCUUAAGUGAAGUGUGAUCUUGAUGAUGACGUUAAUCCAAAGUUUAAUUUCAUCUUAAUUAACAGCAUUAUGAACACUACAUGGAACAUUAACAAAUUGUAAUUAAUUUAGUGUAGAAAAUGAAAAAUUAAGAACAAAAUUAGUUAAUUUCUCGUAAUUAACUAAUCCUUUCGUUAACUGUCACCGGUCAUUUGGUUAGUUACCAUUGGAAACCCAAUCAGGUGAUUCGGUUGCCAUGUUAACCGUUUUUCCCUCUUAAUUUUUUGUUCUUUUCCCAAAUCAAUUUGAUUUUUAAUUUUCUUUUUAAUUAAUUAGUUUUAUUAUUCUUUUAUGUUAGAGAUUGAAUUAAUUGUCCAUCUAUAACCAUCAACAGUGUGACAUUAUAUUGGAAUUGAUUCUCAUGUUAAUUUAAGUGUUUUUCUUUGUUUAUGUUUCUCUGGGAUGGAAAAUUUUGCUUAUGUGUGUUCCAAGAAGAUGUUUGUUAAUCAACUUUGGUUAAUUUCUUUGGUAAUUAAUUAGUUAAUCUUUUUCAAUGUUUCAUUUGGUUUUCUUUUUUUUUUGGAAUAUGUAACCAAGGAUUUGGUGUGUAAAUCGCUCGUUGUUUUCAAACAAGAUGAUGAAAAUUAAAGGAUUUUUUAUCUAUUCUUAUAAUCAUCUUAAUCUAUUCCUGGCAACCAUGAUCUUAAAUCAUGUUAAAUUCACCAAAAUACUGAUCGUAGGAGAGGGAAGAUAACAAGGAACCAAUUUAGUAACUAGAGAUGAACAAAUUAUGUGUCAAUAAUAAUAAUUUCUAUCUCGUUCACUGGUUAGGAUCUUUAAUUAACUGCCAACAAUGAUGAUGAUGAUUAACUUACAGUAACAAUCAAGUGAAAACACUCAUUACAAGAAACGAAAUUGUUAUCACAAGAACGUGUUAAUUGACUUUGCCAUGAAACUAAAAGAAAAUCUCCCAAUUGGAUCAAAUUAAUUUCCAACAUUUUCAAGCCCUAAAGUUUAAUUAACACAAUUAACUUUACAAUAUUUAAUCAUCAUUCGCAUAUACAAUCAAUUAUCAAUGGUUUGUCCUUAAUUUUAAUAAUCUAAAUGUGAGAUUAUCAUUAUAUUCAUUGAAAAACUGUUAUUUUCACUGUAACAAUUUACAAUUUUGAUCCAUAUCAAUUUAAUCACCAUGUUAAGAUAAUCAGAUAAAUUAUAUUAUCUCAAUUGUUAGAAGAAAAAUUGAUUGUUUAAAUGAAGAAAAUAUCAUUUCAUUCCUACUCAAUGGGUUACAAUCAAAUUAACCUAAAAGAUUUUAAUUGUUUUUCAAUAAUAACAAUUCAAUGAUAAUCAUUAUUGAAAAUUUUACAUGACAAUUAUGAUUAAGGUAUUCCAAUGAUACUUAACAAUCAAGAUCAACAAUCAACAAUAAGAUUAAUCUGACCCCAUGUUAAUUGUCAUUCAUAAUGUUAAGUUAAUCAUCAUCAUCAGAACGAUUAAUAUAAUUGUCGAUGAUGUGAAUUAAAUCAAAGUGUUUGUUGUUGUUGUUGUUGAUUCUUGAAAACAAGUAAACAAGUUUUCAUCUUCAGCUCCUUAAUAUUUUAUCAUCAUCAUCAUUAACUUGAUCAUCAUCUCACUCACUCAAUUCAAUUGAUCAUUUAGUGUUGAUCAUUUCAUUUCUCUCACUAAUCACAAUCACAAAAAGAAUCACAAUUUACAAAUUGUUACCUUUCAUUUGUUUACUUUGUUUUGAGUUAUUGUUAAAAGAAUUGAUUUUUUUACCUUCUCUUAAAAGUUAAUUGUUUCCAAUUCCAUUUGAUUUAAUCAACUACAUAUUCAAUAGAAAUCACUUUAAAUUUACUAAUUGUGAUAUUGUAGAAAACAAAGUUAAUCCAUCACAAUCAUCAUUAUGGUUAAUUGUUGUUGGUUAACAUCUUUACCAGUGAUGUUUGUGGUAAUUGUUGUUUCCAUUGUUAUUAAUUGUUUACAAUUAACUUUAACCGAGGAAAUAUUUGAUUCCUCUCCCGGAGGUGGACUUGGUGCUGGUGCUGGUGGUGGAAAUGAGUUUCGGGAUAAUAUUCAUAACGGUAAAUUUGUCAUCUAUGAUCAAAUUGAUCGGCAAAUGGUUGAAUCUUCAAUGGAUGAAGUUAUAGCCUCAGGGGAAGAUGAAUCUUUCCCUUUCAUGACAAAAGUUUUACCUGAUUAUCAACAUAAAGAUACACAAACUAUUCACACUUACAUGUUACCUCCAGAAGCUGAAGGCCACUUUAAUCAUCAUUUCGCUAGUCCAUUACAGUUGGAUGUUAAUGAUAAAUUUGGUUAUCAUGUUAGUGGAAAUCAUCAGAUUCAAGCUGAACGUCCAUUCAAGCAGCCGGGCCAACGAAAUUUAGCCUUUAAAACAGCCGAAAGUAUUCAAAGUCCAGUUUUUACUGCCAAUGUACCGACAGUAACGACGACGACAACAGUGAAACCAUUAUUCAAGAUACGGCCAAAAGAACGUCCAAGUUUACAACCAACUUCUUUUAUUCGACAUUCUGAUAAAAAUUCACCAGUUUUUCCAUCAAAUGAUAAAAUGUCAGCUGAGAAGACAAAAGUACCACCACCAGUUUCCACAAAUUUCUUGAACAAUAUCAACAUAACACCGAUGCCUAAUUUAUCCUAUCCACCAACGGUAUCAACAUCUUCAUCAAUUUCAUCAUCAAGCUCUAUUAGAGCUGUUCAUGUCCCUCGGGAAGAUGACAAAAAACAAUUGAUCAAGACGCAGAAACCAAAAAAAUAUUUCCCAGAACCAGUUAAAAUGACCAUUAGUCCAAGAUUCGAGUCUCUUCGUAUCAAAUCACCAGAGGCCCAAGCACAAGCAAAAGCAGCAAAUGCAAAGUCUAUCUCAUCAGUAACACCAUCAACUCCUCAAUCAACAUUCCCAAUACACUCUACAAGGCCAAUAACGAUCGUUUCCACAACGACACCACCAACCAUUUCCACUCCAUGGAGAACCAAUUCAAGAUUUCCAUCAUGGAGUAAUGGUAACAAUCAAAAUGUCAACAUUGGUAACAAUAAUCAGCACCAUCAUCAUCAUAAUCAUAACAACAAUAAUAAUAACCAUCAGCAGAAUCAUCAGCACAAUAGCAAUAAACAUUUUGAAGACAAUGAGUAUUAUGUUCAUGGUGAUAAAAUGCCAUCUCAAAGUAAUCCCCAUCGUUAUCAUGUAGAAAGCCCAAGGGGAUUUAAAAAUAUCCACACAAAUCCAAUGACAGCUCAUUUUACUGAUCUUGAUGAUUUUGAAGGUACAUCGGCUUCUGAUGAGAUUCACUCGGUAGCUCAUCCAUUAGCUGAAUUACACAAUAAUGAUCCUCUUCAUACACCAACAUCAACACGAAUCGCAGUACAAAAUCAUCCCGAUUUAACAGACAAACAGAGAGAUUCACUGUUGAAAAUUUUAGAAUCAUAUUACAAACUGAUAAACCAAUUUAAUUUAGAUUUUAGAAAAUUAAUCAACGAUAAUCGAGGUAAAAGUAGCACAUCCUCCAAACAAAAUGGAACCAUAAUAAUUGAACCAAUUUCCGUUGAGCCAACAUUUAAUUUACAAGAAAAGUCAACAUCAAACACCAUGAAAAAUUCACCAAGAAAACAGAGACAAUCAAUAAGACACAAUCUCUCAAGAUGAUGAUCAACAAUAAAUUAAUCAAAACAAACAAAAUCAAGAGAGUGAGAGAGAAAAACAGAGAGAGUUAUGAAAACAAAAAAACAAGAUCAUAAUUAAGGAUUAACCGAGAGAGA